UUAUACUUCUUUAUUGUUUAUAGAAUUUUAGGCAAGGUAAUUGUUUAAUUUCAAAGCUGGUGUAUAGUAGCUAACUAAAGCUCAACCUAGCUAAUUUAUCAUACUUAUUGUGCUGGUGCACUGUGUUUCCUCUCCACUCCCUGCUAUAACUAAUAACUAAGCGAGUGUUUUAUUUCCUCGCUAUCUGUUACCAUUUAGUUUACUUUACUUUACUUUAAUUCAAUUCAAGCAUUAUUAAUUUCUUACAAUCCAUAUUCCUUCUACCUUAUUCAUUAAUUUUUCAUUCCAUAAUAGACUAUAGAAUUUAUUCAUUGCAUGCUAAUUAUUUCAACUAAUUACAAAUGACAUCUCCUACCACUGCAAUUUCAGAUGAAUCUUCUUAUAAAAGAGAUGAAUCGAGUCCUAUAAGAGUGAAUGAAAAUGAUCACCAAUCCUCUUCAUCUAAUACUAAUACUAAUCAAGGUCAAAAUGAAAAUGAAAAUGAAAAUGAAAAUAAUGAUCACAAUAUCAAUAAUAAUCACAAUAUCAAUAAUAUUGAUCAAGAUAAGAUCCCUGCCAAUGUUCGAUACACUGCCAAGGACUUAAUAAAUACUUCACCUCCCAAUUUUAAAUCAAGAAUUCAACGAUUCCUUUAUAAUAGAGGUCUUGGAAAUCGUCCAGAAUAUUUACAAGAAAUUUAUAAUAAUACUCCUCGAUAUAUUUAUGUAAAUUAUGAUUUACCUCCUGAUAUGCUGGAUUCUAAUGGUCAUCCAAUAAUUUAUUAUCCUAGAAAUAAAAUCAGAACUACUAAAUAUACUCCAUUAUCUUUUAUUCCAAAGAAUUUAUUAUUUCAAUUUACCAAUAUUGCUAAUUUUUAUUUCUUAGUCAUUGCAAUUUUAGGAGCUUUUCAAAUUUUUGGAGUUCCUUCUCCAGGUUUAGCUGCCGUACCUUUAAUUGUUAUUGUAUGUAUUACCGCAAUUAAAGAUGCAUUUGAAGAUAAUAGAAGAGGUAAUAGUGAUUCAGAAUUAAAUAAUUCUCCAAUUCAUCUAUUAACAGGUUUACAUAAUGUUAAUGUUGUUAGUGAUUAUGUUGGACCAUGGAGAAGAUUUAAGAAAUUUUGUUCAAGAUGUAUGGCAAAAAUAUUUAAAGGUAUAAAGAAAGGAUUUAUUAUGAUAUUUGGUUCAAAGAAGAGAAAACAAGAAUUAAUUCGAGCAAAUAUUAAAGAAGAACAAAAUGAAUUACAUCGAGUUUCAACGAUUAUUAGUGAAUUUUCAAUGAAUUCAAAUGUUAGUAGUUUACCUCCUGAUAAUAUAGUAAAUGAAGGUCGUCCAAGUGUUUCAUCUCGAAGAUUUGGUAGAAAAUCUCAUCAUUCUAAUCGAUCAGGAAUUCAUGCUCAUAGACCAACUAUUGCUAAUGAAAAUUCUUUAUUAAAUCCAAUUUUACAAGCUCAAAAUGAAAAUUCUUCUAAAAUUGAUACUUGUUUUAAAAAUAGAAGAUGGAAAGAUAUUUCUGUUGGUGAUAUGAUUAGAGUUCGAGCUAAUGAAGAAGUUCCUGCUGAUGUUAUUAUACUUUCAACUUCAGAUGUUGAAGGGAAUUGUUAUAUUGAAACAAAGAAUUUAGAUGGAGAAACAAAUUUAAAGAAUAAAUCUUCAAUUCAUUGUGGAGGUAAUCAAAAUUUAAAGCAUGCACAAGAUUUAGGUAAUACAAAAUUUUGGGUUGAAUGUGAUCCUCCUAAUAAUAAUUUAUAUGCUUUUAAGGGAACAAUUCAUUAUGAAAAUUAUGAUUCUAAUAAAAAUUUAAUUAAUUCUGAUGAAAAGGAACCACUUAAUAAUGAUAAUGUAUUAUUAAGAGGUUGUACAUUAAGAAAUACUAAAUGGAUUAUUGGUUUAGUGAUUUAUACUGGAUCAGAAACUAAAAUUAUGCUUAAUUCAGGUAUAACUCCAACUAAAUUAUCUAAAAUUUCUCGAGAAUUAAAUCUUUCAGUAAUAAUUAAUUUUUUCCUUGUAUUUUUACUUUGUUUUAUUUCAGGAUUAAUUAAUGGAUUAUUUUAUAAUCAUAAACAUGUUUCUCGAUUAUAUUUUGAUUUUCAUCCUUAUGCUUCAACUGCUGCAGUUAAUGGAAUAGUUAGUUUUGUCGUGGCAUUAAUUAUUUAUCAAGCUUUAAUACCAAUUUCAUUAUAUAUUUCAGUUGAAAUUAUUAAAACUUUACAAGCAUUUUUUAUAUUUUCUGAUAUUAAAAUGUAUUAUGAAAAAUUAGAUUAUCCAUGUGUACCAAAAACUUGGAAUAUUUCUGAUGAUUUAGGACAAAUUGAAUAUAUUUUUAGUGAUAAAACUGGUACUUUAACUCAAAAUGUUAUGGAAUUUAAGAAAUGUACAAUUAAUGGGAAAUCUUAUGGUUUAGCUUAUACUGAAGCUAAACAAGGUUUAGAUAAACGUGCAGGUUUAGAUGUUAUUACAGAAAAUGAUAAAUGGAAAAGAAUAAUUCAAGAUGAUAAAAAUAAUAUGAUUGAAAAUUUAAUGAAAUUUUCAGUAAAUGAUCAAUUAAGAGAUGAAAAUGUUACAUUUGUAUCGAGUGAUUAUGUUAAAGAUACUAUGUUAACCAAUAAUCCUCUUAAUCCUCAAAAAUUAGCUAAUGAACAAUUUAUGCUUGCUCUUGCCUUAUGUCAUACAGUUGUAACUGAAGAAAAUGAAUAUGAUCCUGAAUUACGAGAUUUUAAAGCUGAAUCUCCUGAUGAAUCAGCAUUAGUUUCAGUUGCAAGAGAUUUAGGAAUUGUAUUUAAAGAACGUUUAAGAAAACGAGUCAUUGUUAAAGUAUAUGGAGAUUCUCAAGAAUAUGAAUUAUUAGAUAUAAUUCCAUUUACAUCAGCAAGAAAGAGAAUGUCAUGUAUUAUUAAAACUCCUCAAGGUAAAAUCUUAAUGAUUACUAAAGGAGCUGAUAAUGUAAUUUUCCAACGAUUAGAUGGUUCUUUAAAUUCUUCAGAAGUUAUAUCUAAAACUGCUUUACAUUUAGAAGAUUUUGCUAAAGAAGGUUUAAGAACUUUAUGUAUUGCUCAAAAGGAUUUAGAUGCUAAUUUUUAUUAUGAUUGGUCGGCUCGAUUUAAAGAAGCUUAUGCAUCAAUUGAUGAUUCUCGAGAAGCUAUAAUUGAACAAUUAGAAGAAGAAAUUGAACAAGGAUUAAUUUUAUUAGGUGGAACUGCUAUUGAAGAUCGAUUACAAGCAGGUGUACCUGAUUCAAUUGCAAUUUUAGCUCAAGCUGGUAUUAAAUUAUGGGUUUUAACAGGUGAUAGAAUUGAAACCGCCAUUAAUAUUGGAUUUUCAUGUAAUUUAUUAGAAAAUGAAAUGAAAUUAUUAGUGGUUAGACCAGAAACUGAAGAUAUUGAUCAACUUGAUAAAAGUAUUGAAUAUAUUGAUCAAUUAAUUACCAAUUAUUUACAAGAAUAUUUUGGUUUAUUAAAGGAUAAACAUGAUUCUAAUGAAAUUGAUCGAUUAAUUGAAGAAGCUAAAAAGGAUCAUAGUGCUCCAUCACCUCAUUUUGCUCUUAUUAUUGAUGGAGCUGCUUUAAGUGUAGUAUUUCAAGAUUUAACAAAUCAUUCAAGUCCAACUAUUCAAAAAUUAAGACAAAAAUUUUUAUUAUUAGGUAAACAAUGUCGAGCAGUUAUUUGUUGUCGAGUUUCUCCUGCUCAAAAGGCAGAUGUAGUUAAAACCGUUAAAUCAAAUCUUGGAGUUAUGACAUUAGCUAUUGGUGAUGGAGCCAAUGAUGUAGCUAUGAUUCAAGCUGCUAAUGUAGGUGUUGGUAUUGCUGGUGAAGAAGGUAGACAAGCUGUUAUGUCAUCUGAUUAUGCUAUUGGACAAUUUAGAUUUUUAACAAGAUUAUUACUUGUUCAUGGUAGAUGGUCAUAUAAAAGAUUAGCAGAAAUGGUUCCAUGUUUCUUUUAUAAAAAUGUGGUAUUUACUUUAACAUGUUUUUGGUUUGGAAUCUUUACUAAUUUUGAUGGAUCUUAUCUUUAUGAAUAUACCUUUUUAAUGUUUUAUAAUUUGGCAUUUACUUCAUUACCAGUUAUAGUAUUGGCAGUUAUGGAUCAAGAUGUUUCUGAUACAGUAUCAUUAUUAGUUCCUCAAUUAUAUAGAACCGGGAUUUUAGGGAUUGAAUGGUCUCAAUAUAAAUUCGUAUGGUAUAUGUUUGAUGGACUUUAUCAAUCAGUUAUUUCAUUCUUUUUCCCAUAUUUAUUAUUUUAUAUUGGAUUCCAAAAUCCUCAAGGUAUGACUAUUGAUCAUAGAUUUUGGAUGGGAGUUGUAUGUGCUGCCCUUUCAGUAACAGCAUGUAAUAUUUAUGUUCUUUUACAACAAAAUAGAUGGGAUAGACUUUCACUUACUAUUGAUAUAAUUUCAAUUUUAAUUGUUUAUUUUUGGACUGGAGUUUGGAGUGCCAAUCUUUAUUCUCAAGAAUUUUAUAGGGCUGGUGCUCAAGUUUUAGGUACUUUAGCAUGUUGGUGUUGUAUUUUUAUUGGAGUUGUUGCUUGUGUACUUCCUAGAUUUGUAUUUGAUUUCUUAAAGAGAAAUUUUAUUCCAAGAGAUAUUGAUAUUAUUAGAGAACAAGUUAGAAAUGGGAAAUAUGAUGAUUAUCCUCAAGGGUAUGAUCCUACUGAUCUUGAAGAUGUUGAAAGACAUCGACUUGUGACUGAACUUAUUGAUAGAGAUCCUCUGUUACUUGAAAAAUUAGAAAAGGAACGUGAAACUACUAUCAGUGGAUAUUCUGAUGAGAAUCAACAUCAUCAUCAUAAUCAUCAUAAUCAUGAAGAAAAUAAUGCACUUUCCAAGACUUUUAAUAGUAUUAAAAGAGCAGCUACUUUAAGAAAGAAUACUCUUAGUAGUGGUGGAGGUAGAUCCAGAAGUCAAACCAUUACUGAACAAUUUAGAAGACCAAUAGAUCUUAAUCAAUUAAGACUUCAAAUGAUUCAACAGGGAGAAUAUAAGACAUCGAGAAAUUCAUUAGAAAGAGUCGAUACUACUCAUGAGGUGCCUGGUUUAACCCAAGCAGAAAGUUUAAUAAGAUUACAUACUAGAAAUAGUAUUAAUUUGAAUUAAAUUUCAUUUUCAUUUCAUUCAUUAUUGUACAUUUAUAAAAUAUAAAAUUCAUUUCUUUAAUACUUGAUAAAUAUUAGUUGUAAAAUUCUGUAGAGGUAGUAAUAGUAGUAGUUUUAGUGCUUGUAUUAGUGGCAGUAGUACUUGUAGUAGUACUUGUA